AUGUUGUUGAUUUGCUCGAUUUUUUUAUUGCUCUAUAGGUAAGUUAGGGUAAUUUGAUUGUCAAAGUGGAGGGUCACAUGAGUUCGGGAACCUUUGAAGCCCUCAAGAUAUAACCUUUGGUAAAGGUAGCUUCAUAAGAGAAGUAGACUUCACUAUUCCAAAAUAGCCUUCAUUUUGGAAAAUUUUGCUAUUGACCCGUUCUCCCUCUUUACAAUUAUAAUCAAUUUUAAUUAUAAAGACAAUGCUGUGGAAGUCGAAGCGAUCCGGUCCCAAUUUACAUGGAUGAAAAAUUGAAUGCCGGCCGACAUGUGUAUGAUAAUCAAUCACCUCCAGUACAAAACCAAGGAUUGGGUGAGAAACAUUUUCAUAAAACACAUUAAAACUCAAAUGGGAUUUUGCUAACAAAAAAUGCACUUUUCUCUGAAUUUUUCCCCAAACAAAUAAACCCAGAAAAAACACAAGAAUUGUUCUCUCAUAAAUUAGUUAGACUUCAAAUAGAACGCCGCUCCCAAUUCAAUUCAAUUUCACUCCGUUCUUUUUCGAGAAAAUCCCAUCUUAUGCAAAUAAUCAAGUUCCAGAAACCUUUAAAAAAAUAUAUUCAGAUAUAUCCAACCUUAUAGAAUAGAGAAUAAAUUGAGCUUGUUUCCGAUGUUGUUUCAUUCCUUAUAGACAAAUUGUUCCGCACUUAUUGUUUGAACUAUAAUAGUUUCAAGACACAUUUUUGUGGGGGAACGAACGAAUAACGUCAGAAAUUUCAACGAAAUUUCUGCAUGCUUCAUUUGAUUUUUUUAUUUUGAAAAAAAUGUUCAGCAAUGUUUCAAGGAAAAUGCAAAAAAAGUGGAAUGGGAUUAGGUGUUUUGUAAUUAGAAAAUGUGGGUUCAAAGGUUAGGAUUAGAAAAAAGAUUUUCUGAAGGAGAGUUAUGUCUAAUGUUAUUUUUUUUGAUUUUAGAUAUACAUCCAUAAAUUUGAAAAAAAAAAUGAUCUCGACCAAAAAUCCAAUUUCGCUAGAAAACAUAAUUUGAAAAACCAAGGAGACCAUAAAGCAUUAGCUUUAAAUGUUUCCAAUUUUCAGAAUCGCUUCUCUCAUUUUUUUCUGGAAAAAACCCUGAAGUUCUCCAUUUCAAGAUAAUUUCCUGUCUAUUUUUUUCAUCUUCCCGUCAAAAAGUCAAUUUUCCACCAAAAAAAAAUAAUUUAUUCACAAAAAAACUUGGGAAACUCAUUUAGAAUCUUCGAAAUAAUGGUGAAAUUUAUCCGUGGAAGAAAAAAAAGUUCAACAAAAAAAGCAAAAAAGAGUCUAUUUUUAACCACAUGUGAUUUCACACGUUUUCUUUUCAAAAUUCAAUUGUGUUUUGAUUCUGAUUUUAUUCAAUUUUACACCCACCACACACAUACAAGAAAUAACAAACAAGUCUGACCUUUUUUCCAGCAAAUGAAGAGGUCACAGUUGUUGAAUUGGCUAUGUAUAUUGAGGGAAUGUCAUCAUUUCGAACACAAACUAUGGAUUUUCAAUUAGAUGUUUAUUUUCAACAAUUUUGGCGGGAUCCACGUUUAGCACAUAAUGAAAGUCGCCGAGUUUUGGUGAAAGACAAAAAAGUUUUGCACAAAAUGUGGCAUCCUGAUGUAUAUUUUGCAAAUGCUCGAAUUGCAGAAUUCCAUGAAGUUACCCAGCCAAAUUUUCUGAUCUGGAUUCAGCCUGAUGGCUCAAUUUUAUAUGAUACUAGAAUAUCAAUGGUUGUUGUAUGCACGUUGAAUCUCGAAAAAUGGCCGCUAGAUUCACAAAAGUGUAACUUGAGGAUUUUAAGUUGUAAGUUGAGGAUAGGAUGAAAACAAAUAGUUUGCUCUAGAUGUUUUUCAAUCUCAAAAAAUGCUAUGCAUACUAAAAAUAUGGAAGUGUGUUUGUAAAUCUGAAAAUCUGUUCGAAACAGGAGGGAUGAAUUGAGAAUUAUUUUUUUUUCUGAAAAAAAAACCAAAAAUUCAUGGCUUUCUAAAAGUAAAAGCUGAUAUUUUCUUCAUGAAAAAUUCAAAUUUAAUUUUCAAGAACUUUUAGAACCUCUGGAAACAAAAAGAACAUUAACUGAAAUAUACUAAUUCAGCCUAACCCCCUCCCAAAUUCCCAAUUUCUAGAUGCUUACACCACUGAACAACUAAUAAUCCGCUGGAAAAAAGACGAACCAAUUUCUCGAAAUAUGGCGAUAGCAAUGUCUGAUAUGCACAUCACCGCACUUUUCCCAGGCUUAUGUGAUGGAAAUUAUUCCACAGGUUAGUCUCGCAUUUUGAAAAAACACACACACAAUAGAAAUAUUUGUUGAAUAGGUAAUCUUGUGUGAAUAAUUGUAGCAAGCACACUCUUUUGAAUACUUUUCAUGAACAGAAAAAAUGGGGGUUUUCAGGAAUUUGGAGUUGUGUCACGGCGGAAUUCCAUGUAAAGCGAGAAAUCACUCAUCAUAUUAUGCAAUCAUAUGUUCCAACAACUCUUAUUGUUGUUAUUUCAUGGUAAAAGCACAUGCUAGCAUUGAAAUUGAAUUCAACGAAAAACAACAAAUUCAAUUUUUAGGUUCAGUUUUUGGCUUGACGUAGAAGCUGUUCCGGCAAGAGUCUCUUUAGCUAUCACAACACUUUUGACAUUAUCAACUCAAGCGAGUGCUGCUAGAAUGGCUUUACCGGAAGUCAGUUAUAUGAAAGCAAUUGAUGUAUGGAUGGGAGCUUGCAUGAUGUAAGUUUUGAAAAAAAUACAAUAAAAAUAUCGGAUAGUGAGUAAGAAAGUAGACAAUUGAAUUGAAGUGUCAACUUUUUUUUGCUUUUUUGUCUUUUUUAUUUCGGAACAGAUUUCUCGAAAUAGAAAAAAGAGAAAGAAGGGUUUUGCAAAAAAGUGUAGAAGCAGAAAAAUCGCUUUGAAAUAGUGUUCCUAUAAUUUCUUGUUAGUUCAAAAGUCAUAACUAAUAAAAACAACUAUAAAAUUCAUUAAUGAUACUAGAAGGGCUUCGCUGGCUAACGCCAUCUACAGUAGUUUGACUUACUUUUUCUGAUUAAUUUUCCGGUUAGGGAAAGAGAAAAAUUGAGAAAUGCCCAAAAAUUGUUGACUUUUUCAGAGAAUAGAAAGAUCAGAUAAGAAACGUGUCCUUUAAUUUUUUUGGAAUAAAAACGUGAUCAUUCUUUUUUACAUGAAAAAAGUUUUGAUUUUUCACGUGAAAACUCGCGCAUUUUUUGAAAAAUCGAAUAUUAGCGCCUCGAUGGGAACGAAUUUGAUAUCGAAUGGUGAAAGUCCCAUCAAAAAUGGUAUUCUGGAAAUUGAGAAGUCGAGCGACACAUUUUAAAUCCGAAAAAUACAUUGAGAUUUUCAAACUUUUCAUUCUCCGCGCACUCACAGACAUUUUGAGAAAGAAUGAAUAGGAAGCGCACCGAGCUGCCAACAUUUAGAAACUUUUUCUUUUUUUGAUCAUCAAUUUUUAUGCGCACAGUUUUGAGAACGGGUCCCGGACAUACUAUUGCCAAAAAAAUUUUCCCAAUUAAUUGUUAAAUAGAGUAAACUAACAGUUGUCAUUUUUGCUAUUCCAACUAAAAUUACCAGAAAAAACGUCAUAGCAAAAUACAUAUGUAUCAAAUACACAAAAUUUACAGGUUCGUUUUUGGUGUGAUGAUCGAAUUCACAAUUGUAAAUUAUGCCCAAAGACAAGGUAUGUUUUAAUUUUCUCGACUUUUCCAAAAUUAAAACUGGGGUUUUCUUAUUCUAACAAUUUUUGAGUGAGCUUCGGCACAUUUUGUGUGAUAGAUAAUUUUCCAAUUUUCUCGAAAACAAAUCCAUCAUAAUUCACAAAUAUAGGCAGAAAAUGGCACCGAACAGAUGCAGAAAUUGGUAGGUUUUUCAGAAAGAAUCAUUUUUUCGACAAUGUUGUCAUUUCUUUUCCAAUUUUUUCUUGUCGUGGUUUCAUUAAAUACCUUACCACCUUUUUUCUUGCCAACUUCUUUUUUCACUAACUAAUUAUUUUUUAUGCAUGGAUUUUUUUGGGGUGUGAGUUUUGAAAGAAAAACAGAAAACUGCCCUAUUUUUGGUCCGGUUCGCAAAUUUUUGUUUUUCACCAGCUUCUCUCAUUAAUUUUUAUUUCCAAAAAAUCAAUUUUCUUCUUGAAUGACGAAAAAUAGCAACUUUUCAAAAAUAAAUAUCCAGAAUUCCAUUAAAAUAUUUCAGUUAUGGCGUCAUCUUUGGAAUCUGUCAAAAACUGUGAUAAAAAACAAUCUCGCCCGGAUAUUGGGACUCACGCAAGACAAUUAUUUUCAAAAUUCCGACAAGCUGAUAGAAGUCCAAGUAAUUUGGCAGAGGUAAGAGAAUCUUUAAUUUUUUUUGAAAAAAAAAUACGUGUGCUUCACCUUUGUCACUAAAUUAAUCCGAUUCACAAUUUCACAAAAAAUUAGCAGGUAGAUCAAAUGAUUUUUAGGAGCAAAAUGAGCAAAUUGCGAUGAGUGUUGCGUACGAUGAUAUCAGUCAUGCAUACAGUAACAGUUUUUCAGAUGAAGAGGUAUAAAAUGUAUCAAAAACUUGUGACUUUUUUGUCGUUUUAUAUGCAUGUGCACCCAGUCCGAAUAUCUUUUUUUCUGAUUCUAUUGAUAUUGCACAUUGAUUGAACAAUCAAUAAUUUUCAGGCACAAUCAGAUCCAAGAUCACGAGUAACUGAAGGAACUCGAGAACACGAUGAUCAAAGAGAAACUUGUAUGAAUAAUGAUGUUUGGAAAGAUCGAGACGCUGAAACGGCUGAAAGAUUGGCGAAAUGGAGCGAUCGAGAUGUUGAUGCUAGUUCGCCACUUGUGCCAAAUGGAAAAACAACAGGUUUGUUUUCAAGUGUUUUCUUUAUCGGGAAAAAUGCUUUUGAACUUUGAUUGGCUAGAUGACCAAAAAUAUGAGAAAUGUAUGUGUUAAAAGCCUUUAGGCGAUGAUGUUUAUUGAAAUUUUGUAAAUUGUUUUUCAAUAACCAGAAAACAUUUUUGAAAGAAAAGAAGAAGAAGGGAAUCUGCACAUGGAAUUAUUCAAAUAAAUUUUUCCAUUUCUGAUCUAGAAGAUAUAAUUUUCACAUCAAUUUUUUCAAAAACAAAUCAUUAGUUUUCCAGUAAUCACUUAUGGAACAUCUGAAACUCAACCACGACAAAGAAAAAGCAACGACAGUCGGAAAAAGGAUAAAUGGUCUUCUGCAAUCAAACAAAUCCAAAAACACAAGUGAGUUCAAAAUCUUUUACAAUUUCUAUCAAACUUUCCAGAAAACCAAGAAGAAGCAGUUCAGUAACAGGGUAAUUCACACAUUUUCAUUUUCAAUGUUCAUUUUUUUCAUCAUUUUUUACGUUGCAAAUUUUUAAUUUUUUAAUUUUUGCAUUUCGGUUCCCAGCUUGCACCCGACACACAAUUCAAUUUUUUUUUCAAUUUUUUCAAAUUAAUUAAAAAAUACAAAUUUGAAAACUUCCAGAAAAAUCGCUGGAAGAAAUCGUGCAAAAAAGAUUGAUCAGCGAAGUCGAUGGAUAUUUCCAGCAACAUUUAUCGUUUUCAAUAUUAUUUACUGGUAUUAUUAUCUUUAUUGGAAAGAGUGA